AGACGGAGGCUGUCCGCCCCCCCGACAUGGCGAUCGCAAGGCAAGUGCUUUGUCUCUCUGCUUUCCUCUCCCUGCCGCACGCUCGCGCCGAGCCCAUCCGCUACUCCGUAGCCGAGGAGGGGGAGAGCGGCUCCGUGGUAGCCAACGUGGCGGAGGACGCGGGGCUGGCCCCGGCGCAGCUCUCGGCUCGCCGCGCCCGCCUGGCCUCGGAGGACGGCCGGCAGCACUUUCGCUUAGACCGCGGCACCGGCCGCCUCGUAGUGGCGGAGAGGCUGGACCGGGAGGAGCUCUGCGGGCAGUCCGCUACGUGCACGCUCCCCUUCGAGCUGCUGCUGGCGAACCCCCUGCAGUUCUUUCGGGUCGAGGUGGCCGUGGAGGACAUCAAUGACCACUCGCCCGCUUUCCCGGAGGAACAAGUCACUUUUAAGAUCCUGGAAAGGAGCGACCCGGGCUCGCGUUUCCCGCUGGAGGGGGCUCGGGACCUGGAUGUUGGCAGCAACAGCAUCCAGGCUUACAUCGUUGCACCCCGGAACGAAUACUUUAGUGUCUCCUAUGGGAGUCAGAGUGAGGAUGACAAAUAUGUGGAAUUGGUCUUGGAAAAGCUGCUGGACAGAGAGGAGGUGGCGGAGGUGGGUUUCAGCCUCAUUGCCGUGGAUGGAGGCUCUCCGCCUAGGAGCGGGACCACCCAAAUCCGCAUUGUCGUGCUAGAUGCAAAUGACAAUGCUCCCGUCUUCACACAGAAGUUGUAUGUUGGGCAGGUUUUGGAAAAUGCAGUGGAGGGCUCUGUGGUUCUCAGCGUGGUGGCAACCGAUCGGGAUGCAGGACCUAACGGGGAGGUGUCCUAUCAGUUCAGCCAAGCGGUGGGCCAGAGCCACUCAUCGUUUGCGAUCGACGCUGUGACCGGUGAAAUUAGACUCACGAAGCCUCUGGACUUUGAGGCAGCAGAGAAUCACGAGCUCAGUGUGCGGGCCACGGAUGGCGGGGGCCUCUCGGCAAUGUGCAAGGUGUUGGUGGAGGUGGUGGAUGUGAACGACAAUGCGCCGGAGGUGGUGGUCAGUUCCUUCAGCAGCCCCCUCCCCGAGAACGCAUUACCCGGGACGGUGGUCGCCCUCUUUACUGUCAGGGACCGGGAUGCUGGUGCCAACGGGAAGAUCUCCUGUGCCCUUGAGGACCAGCUAUUGUUCUCCCUGCGGCCGGCCUAUAAGAAUUACUAUGAGCUGGUGACCGUGAGCACGCUGGACCGGGAGGAGACGGCACGUUACACCCUCGCUGUCACAGCGGCAGACGCGGGGUCACCUCCUCUCACAACCACCCAGACCUUCACGGUGGACAUCUCCGAUGUCAAUGACAAUGUGCCUGUCUUCAACCAGACAUCGUACACCAUGUACGUGCGUGAGAACAACGUCCCCACGGUGCUCGUUGGAGCCGUCAGCGCCUCGGAUGCCGACGAGGGGCCCAACGCCAAGGUGACGUAUUCCCUGGCACCAGCCCACCCUGCAGAGCGGCCUCCCUGCUCCUGCAUCUCCGUGAACUCUGAGAACGGGCAGGUAUUUGUGCUGCGGCCUCUGGACUACGAGCAGGUGAGGCAGAUCGAGGUCUUGGUGAGCGCCUCCGAUGCAGGGACACCUCCCCUUAGUGCCAACGUCACCGUCCGCCUGGUUGUGGUGGACGAGAACGACAAUGCGCCACUGGUGCUGUACCCCUCGCAGGACAGCAGCCCCGCGUCCAGCGAGCUGGUGCCCAAGUCAUCUGAAGCGGGGUACCUCGUCACCAAAGUGGUGGCUGUUGACGCCGACUCGGGGCAGAACUCGUGGCUCUCGUACCACCUGCUGAGGGCCACUGACCCUGGGCUGUUUGCAGUGGGUGCCCAAAGUGGGGAGGUGCGACUGAGGAGGCCGGUGACAGAGAGGGAUGCUGUGAAGCAGAAGCUCGUCGUCCUGGUGCGAGACAAUGGGCAGCCACCGCUGUCAGCCACCGCUGCACUGAGCGCGCUCCUGCUCAAUGACUUCUCAGACGUGCACCUACCACACAGCAGCCUGGCCACGGAGGAUGAGGGAGGCUCCCUGACGACCUAUUUAAUCAUUUCGUUGGUCUUCGUCUCCAUCCUCUUCCUCGCAUCCAUGGCAGCCUUCAUCGCGCGCAAGGUGUGCAAGAGCAAGGAGCUGAAGGGGGGGCACGUGCUUUACGGCACUGGCAACUUGCAGAGUGGCCUGGCUGACGCGGCCGCUGCGGGGACCCUGCCCCACGCCUAUUGCUACGAGAUCAGCCUCACGACGGGCUCGGGCAACAGUGAGUUCAAGUUCCUGAAGCCCAUCCUCCCCAGCCUGCCACCGCAGCACAGUGGCAUGGGCAGGGGCACCGGCGAUGAACAAGAAUUCUCCCGUGGCCCUGUCACCAUGGAGGAUGUGGCACCAGACAACCCAGGGACGCUCUCUGCGGAACAGUUCAAUAGUCUUUCCUUCAACUAGCAUGGAGUCAAGCACAGCCAGAGGCCUCACGCCUCGCGACGGGAAGGGAUCGGGGCUACAACACGUGGCAACGGUUCCCCCAGAGUAAAUCUGCAUUUGCCAUUGGCAUCACCAAUUUCCCACAAAUUCUAAGUCAGAAGAAAGGUUGUCUCCCCCUCCCAAACUAAAGAAACAAAGGAAACUAAGGCUCCCUCAGUCAGGCAACGGCAUGUUUCAGCUCUGUUUCAGCCUUUUCUGAAAUGCUUGGCGUGUGGGGUUAGGUCCAGGGCCCCCGGCUAAGUUCUUGUCUCACUUGCUGUUAGGCAAGACCCUGAACCUGUAUUUCUGAUACAGGCCAGCAUGCCAUUGGCCUUCUUG